AUGAAUUGGUGUGAUGUGAUUCCUACAACGAGUCGUCGAGCACCCGAAAAUUUUAUAAAUUCCUUCGGAUCUAGAGGUCUUAUUACUGUACCGAACUGUAAUGGAGAAACUGACGAUUGGGUUGUCUGUAAGUUUGAUGUUAACUCUGAGCAUUUGCUUUAUAUGGGAGGGAACAAUGGAUCGUUCUCGAUUCUUGAUGUCCGAUCGGCAUGUGAGGAUCCAUCUUGUGACAUAGAAGGUUCUAUUCUAAGCAAUUUUAUUGCUCAUAAGGGUGUUGUCAUGGAUAUUAAUGGAGUUCCAGGUGCUUCAGGGCAAGUUCUUACCGUCUCUGGUGAUGCAAACAUACGGCUUUGGGAUGUAAACUUUAAAGAGCCUAAGGCCACAUUGUUUGCUGGUCAUGAUGCAACUGUUCGGUCUGCUUCUUUCGCUCCUAAUUGCUCAAACGUGUUUGUUUCUGGCGGGAGAGAUGGCCAAAUACGCCUUUGGGAUACACGUAUCAAGAGUAUGCACAAAGAAAAAAGAAGUGGCUUGAUGUAUACGCACUCUGUUAAAGCUUUCUCAAACUCGCAUGUAAUCAAAGAUGUAAAUACAACUCCAACUCGAAAAGGUGUUCGCCGAAAAGAUCCGCCUAAAGUAGUUGCCGUGCUGUAUCUGAAUGAUUAUGAAGUUGUCUCGGGAUCUGAUUGCGCUUCCAGUGGAUUGAGAGUGUGGGAUACCAGGAAAAUGCCCGUGAAUGAUGAAGGCCAUUUGCUGAGAACCUUGCAAAUACCAAUACCAAUGAAAUCAAGAAGAGACGUCGGAGUAUCGAGUAUAGUACUGGAUCGUCAUGGCUCUUCUCUUUUCGCUGCCAUCACUAAUAAUAUUAUUUAUGAAUAUGCUGCAACUACUAAUAAUCUAGAACCAAUUCGUGCAUUGAAAGGAGCUGCCAUUGGAAGUUACGAUAUCAUGAUGUGUGCUUCACCCGUCUCUGAUCAUCUUCUAACUGGAACUACUGAAGAAAACGCUGUUCUGUGGAAUCUUCAGGAUUUAUACAGUUCUAACUGUGAGGGAUUCCCACGAUCCUUGGCUACAGAAGUACAGCCUUCACAUUCUUUUGGAAAACACAACACUGCAGUUACCUCCGUAUCUUGGAGCACAACGGGAAAUCACCUCGUGACAAUGGAUGAGAGUAACCUACGUAUUUGGACAAACCGAAAUCGAGAGUACUCUUCCGAAAUCAACGGGUUUGAAGAAGAGUUCCCGGAUUAUCAAGCGAUAGAAAUAUUGGAACGCCCGUUGACAAGAUCUUUCACAUCACCUAGAAAAGCUCUUUCAAACCCAUAUAAGCCUAAACAGUUGUUGGGAUCGACCCACAGCUCAGCGAAGAAAACUCCUGUGCAAACACCAAUUAAAACUCCUGUUAAAACUCCUGUCAAAACUCCCGUCAAAACACCUGUGAAAACACUCUCUAAGUCACCAAAAGCUAAACGAAUGAAGCCGUCAUCUCCAAACUUAGCUUUAUUAGAAAUCACUAACCAAGAUGCCGUUACUCCGCAAUGUCGUAGGUUCCCUAGAAGGAAGAAGAAUAUUUUUUAUGCGAAGUAUCCCACGGAGAACUUGCCUAACUAUGUUUAUGAAAAGUUUCUGAGUGAGCUUCGAGGAUCCACUAACGACAUUUCUUUCGCUAAUACUCCUACGACCAGUUGCCGGAAGAGACUAGACGACUAUUGGGAGAAAACUCCUUCUGAGACUGUUAAAAAAAGUACUACCCGAGCGAAGAGAUCAAGGGUACCUAGCAGUUCUGAGUUUAGAGAAUCAGUUUGCUCAAAAAUGAUGGCUGAAGAAAUUAGAAUAGCUCAUAACUCUCCAAAGAAGCUGGUUCUUCGUAAGAGUCCUCAAAAACGUUGUAUGCCUUUAAAUGAUGAAGAUGGCCGGAGUCCUACCGGUAUAAGGAAGUUGAAUAGGAAUCUCUUUGAUUAUUUCACGAAGUCCAAAUAA